AUGCACUGGGAGUUCGUGGACGGCAACACUGCCAUCUCAGCCACCACCCGAACGCGCAUCCGAAGCCAUGUGGCUCGAGGCAAGAACGCAGGGAGACGCCUCGCACGACCAUCCCGACCGAGCAAAGCGCAUAUUGAAACUCCAUCUUACCUCCGCAUUCCUGCCCUCCUUCAACGUCAGAUUACCAAUGGAGAUCAAGAGACUAUCUGCGACGUCGAAAGACCCAUCACGAGCGGUUUGAUUUUCCCUGUGGAGCUAGCGCCACAGACUCGGGACAUUGCACACAAGGCGCUUGGAUUUCUUCGUGACCUGCGCGGGGCUCCCGGGUUAUCUCAGAUCGUUGAGGAAUCCAGUGCUCCUUUGAUCUGGGUCCAAUACAUGUUCCUCGACGCCGCGUACUUUCAUUCAGUCAUCGCCACAUGCCUGUGGAUUGUACCGGGACUCAUAUCCGAGCAGUGCCGAGACACCGAGGCAUCGCGCCAUUUUUUGCGCACGAUACACCUGAUCAAUGGCCGGCUGGCCGGCGCGAACUCCACCUCGGAUGAAACCGUUGCGGCCGUGGUGGGUAUGGUGCACUACGAGCGACAUCAAGGGCAGUUCGGACGAGCUCUCAUUCACACCCGAGGGCUACGGCAGAUGGUCGACUUGCGUGGCGGGGUUCUCGAACUUGGAUGUGAGCUAACCAGGAAGAUAUUUCUGUGUGAUAUCGAGUGUUCGUUCCAGCUGGGCUGUGCACCGUUGUUCGCGAUUGAAGAGGUUGAUGCUGUGACUUUUUCAACAGGUGACUUUGAGUUGAGACGCAUUGCAACGACACCUGUGGCCGGCCCUCGUGAUUCGAAUACGUGUCUAGCCACACUACUACGGCAUGGGAUGGAUCUUGCGCUCAUUUACAACUCUAUCGGAGCGGGUCAACAACCGAAGCUCACGUAUUAUGCUCAUUUUGAUCUCGUUCUACCCUUUGGCUAUCGGCUUUUACAGUUCAAUCCAUUGCAAGGACCGCGGCCAGUUAGUCAUCUGGACGAUGUCAUUCACCUUGGCUUGAUACUCUUUCUCUGCACUUUCAUUCGACGACUAGACCGUGAGAUCGCUGACAACAAUCUCCUUGCGACACUACUUGGAUCUGUGGCUGAGAAAGUGGAGGCCGAUCGUGGAACCCAGGAAGCACUACUGUGGGCUCUGCUUGUCGCCAGAGCAUCUAUCUUCCAGAGGAAUAUCCCGGAGUGGCUUACGCUGAGGGUCGCAACUCUGAUCCAGAGUCUGGGGCUUGAUGACUGGGAAGAUACUCUAUACUUACUUCGUCAAUAUCCAUGGGUCAAUGCUCUCCAUGAUGAGCCCGCCCGAGGGCUGUGGCAAAGAGUGGCUCCAUCGUAG